CUUCUCACCCAAUCACAACACACAUUGUUUUUGCAACUUGCAUACCCGCAACCUUUUAUUACAUUCUUACUAACACACACACACCUUUACAGAUAUUUUGUAUUUUCAUUAAUAAUGGCUCCUACUUUAUUUGAGAUAGAAUCCAAUGGUCUAAACCAUGCACCUAUGGUGACGUUGGUUGGAUCAAACUUCAUGGCAAAUGGCCAUGUCAUUUUGUCUGAUGUGCCUUCGAAUAUCACUACUACUUGUAGUGAGGAUCCAAGUGGUUGUUUUGUUGGUUUUGAUGCUUUGGAAGCAAGUAGUCGACAUGUGGUUCCUAUUGGAAAGCUUAGUGGUAUUCGGUUCAUGAGUAUAUUUCGGUUUAAAGUUUGGUGGACUACUCAUUGGGUUGGUUCAAAGGGUCGAGAUCUUGAGCAUGAGACACAAAUGGUCAUGCUCGAGAAUUCUGACUUAGGUCGUCCUUACGUUUUGAUACUUCCUCUAAUAGAAGGUCCUUUUCGGGCUUCUAUUCAGCCUGGAAAGAACGAUUUUAUGGAUGUUUGUGUAGAGAGCGGAUCCACACAAGUAUCUGGCGCUUCUUUUAGAAGUGUCAUUUAUAUGCGGGCGGGGUCCGAUCCAUAUAUUUUAGUCAAAAAAGCAAUGAAAGUGGUUCGAGAACAUCUUGGAACGUUUAGACUAUUAGAAGAAAAAACACCACCCGGUAUUAUUGACAAGUUUGGAUGGUGUACAUGGGACGCGUUUUAUCUCAAGGUGCAUCCUCAAGGGGUCAUGGAAGGCGUAAAAGGACUAGUUGAAGGUGGAUGCCCACCGGGGCUCGUCUUGCUAGACGAUGGAUGGCAAUCGAUAUCUCAUGACGAAGACCCAAUAGAUUCAGAAGGCAUGAAUAGAACAGCUGCCGGUGAACAAAUGCCAUGUAGACUCACGAGAUUUGAAGAAAAUUACAAGUUUCGAGACUAUCAAAGUCCGAAAUCCGAGGUGGGCCGUCCUAAUAUGGGCUUGGGAGCCUUUGUUAGGGACUUAAAAGAUGAAUUCAAGAGUGUGGAUUAUGUUUACGUUUGGCAUGCUCUUUGUGGAUAUUGGGGUGGCGUAAGGCCCAAUAUACCUGGGCUUCCUGAAUCAAGUAUAGUGAAGCCCGUGUUAUCUCCUGGGCUUGAGAAGACAAUGGAAGAUCUGGCUGUUGAUAGAAUUGUGAACAAUGGAAUUGGGUUGGUCCCACCUGAGAAAGUAAAUGAACUGUAUGAAGGUCUACACUCGCAUUUGGAAUCGGCUGGCAUUGACGGAGUCAAAGUGGACGUCAUCCAUUUAUUAGAGAUGUUAUCUGAGGAUUAUGGAGGAAGAGUAGAGCUAGCGAAAGCAUACUUCAAAGCCUUAACAUCGUCCGUAAGAAACCAUUUUAAGGGCAACGGAGUAAUUGCAAGUAUGGAACAUUGUAACGACUUCAUGCUCCUUGGCACUGAGACCAUUGCUCUCGGUCGUGUUGGGGAUGAUUUUUGGUGUACUGAUCCAUCGGGUGAUCCAAAUGGUACAUUUUGGUUACAAGGGUGUCACAUGGUGCAUUGUGCUUAUAACAGUUUAUGGAUGGGGAACUUCAUACAACCAGAUUGGGAUAUGUUUCAAUCCACUCAUCCUUGUGCCGAGUUUCAUGCUGCAUCUCGAGCCAUUUCUGGUGGCCCGAUUUACAUUAGUGAUACCGUAGGAAAACAUGACUUUGACUUGCUCAAAUCCCUUGUUUUGCCCGAUGGCUCGAUUUUACGUUGCCAAAGUUAUGCCCUUCCAACCCGCGAUUGUUUAUUCGAGGACCCCCUCCAUGAUGGCAAAACCAUGCUCAAGAUAUGGAACUUGAAUAAGUACACUGGAGUUAUUGGAGCCUUCAAUUGUCAAGGAGGAGGAUGGUCUCGCGAAUCAAGAGUUACCAAAUGCUUUUCCGAGUGUUCUCAUCUUGUGACCUCAACGAUUAGGCCCACUGAUGUCGAAUGGCAAAACGGAAUGUCCCCAAUUAAUGUGGACAAUGUCCAAACCUUUGCACUCUACAAGUUCCACGAAAAGAAGUUGAUUUUAGCAAAACCAACAGAUAACAUUGAACUUGCAUUAGAACCAUUCAACUUUGAGCUUCUAAUUGUGUCCCCAGUCACUGUUUUGGCCCAUAACUCUGUCCAGUUUGCUCCCAUUGGGCUCGUGAACAUGCUUAACUCAAGUGGAGCAAUCCAAUCAAUUGAAAUCGGGUCGGGUGUUGAUGGAACCUACAUGGUUCGGGUCGGGGUAAAGGGUGCCGGAGAAAUGAGGGUUUUUACAUCCGAGAAACCAAGUGAAUGUCACAUUAACGGAAAAAAUGUUGAAUUUAAGUAUGAGGAACAUAUGGUCAUAGUUGAAGUUUCUUGGCCUACUACAAGUUUGUCUAUGGUGGAGUAUGUGUUCUAAAAUUUGAGACCAAUCUACCACGUUUGACUUUUUUAAUUAUUCUUUGUAAUUUUAUGUGACAACAUUGUGAUCACCAUGUAAAUAUUUAUUAUUCAUACUCUCUAGAUAUUUACUAGAGAUUGUUGUAAUGGUUUAUAUAGUUAAAUAUAUUUUAAUGUGAAAUUUGUGGUA